CUGCUUCGUUCUUGCCUUCUUCAGAGCUCGGGCCCUCAGAACACAAUAAGAGACUUUGUUUUUUUAAUUCGCAAUGAAACUUAGGCUAGAAGUGUGUGCCAUUCUCUUGCUGCCUGUGUACGUGUUGAUAUCUGUGUACAGUAUGCUUGUAUUUAUUCCAUGGUAUUUUCUUACCAAUGCCAAGAAGAAAAAGGCUAUGGCAAAACGUUUAAAAGCUAAACCGGUCUCGGACAAGCCCGGAAGCCCCUACCGGUCUGUCGCGCAUCUCGACUCACUCGCACACAUCAACAUCCCCGGGGCAGACACGCUGGACAAGCUCUUUGACCACGCUUUAGCCAGGUUCGGCAAGAAGGACUGCCUGGGGACCAGGGAAAUACUGAGUGAAGAGAAUGAAAUGCAACCAAAUGGAAAAGUGUUUAAAAAGUUAAUCUUAGGGACUUACAAAUGGUUAUCGUAUGAAGAAGUCAAUCAGAAAGUGAAUCACCUGGGGAGCGGCCUGGCUGCGCUGGGCCUAACGCCCCGCAGUACCGUGGUGAUCUUCUGUGAGACCCGAGCAGAAUGGAUGAUUGCAGCACUAGCCUGCUUCAAGUACAACUUUCCCCUUGUUACUUUAUAUGCCACCCUGGGUGAAGAGGCAGUAACUUAUGGUCUCAAUGAAUGUGGGGCAUCAUAUCUGAUCACAAGCGCAGAACUUCUUGAGAGCAAACUUAAGACUGCACUGACAGAAGUCUCCUGUCUUAAACAUAUCAUUUAUGUGGAUAAGAAGACUAUCAAUAAAUCAGAAUACCCUGAAAACUUGGAGAUUCAUAGUAUGCAAACAGUAGAAGAGCUGGGAGCCAAACCAGAGCAUUUAAGUGUUCUGCCAAGCAGACCUGUUCCGACAGACUUGGCCUUAGUCAUGUACACUAGCGGCUCCACCGGGAGGCCUAAAGGAGUGAUGAUGAUGCAUAAGAACCUGAUAGCUGGAAUGACCGGGCAGUGCGAGAGGAUACCUGGGCUGGGGCCCAAGGAUACUUACAUUGGUUAUUUGCCUCUGGCCCAUGUAUUAGAAUUGACAGCAGAAAUUUCUUGUGUUACUUACGGCUGCAGGAUUGGAUAUUCCUCUCCGCUCACACUGUCAGAUCAGUCAAGUAAGAUUAAGAAGGGAAGCAAAGGAGACUGUACUGUACUAAAGCCCACACUGAUGGCAGCUGUGCCUGAAAUAAUGGACAGAAUUUAUAAAAACGUCAUGAGUAAAGUUCAAGAGAUGAACUAUAUUCAGAGAACCCUGUUCAAAAUAGGCUAUGACUACAAACUGGAACAAAUCAAAAGGGGGUAUGAUGCACCUCUUUGUAACAUAUUAUUAUUUAAAAAAGUAAAGGCAUUACUAGGAGGGAACAUCCGUAUGAUGCUUUCUGGAGGAGCACCACUCUCACCUCAGACACAAAGAUUCAUGAACAUCUGUUUCUGCUGUCCAGUUGGGCAAGGCUAUGGAUUGACAGAAACAUGUGGAGCUGGAACCAUUACAGAAGUUGCUGAUUACAGCACUGGCAGAGUUGGAGCACCUCUUAUUUGUUGUGAAAUUAAAUUAAGAGACUGGCAAGAAGGAGGUUAUACUAAUAGAGACAAGCCUAAUCCUAGAGGAGAAAUUAUAAUUGGUGGGCCUAAUGUCUCCAUGGGAUAUUUUAAAAAUGAAGAGAAGACCUCAGAAGAUUUCUCCAUUGAUGAGAAUGGCCAGAGGUGGUUUUCAACUGGAGAUAUAGGGGAAUUUCAUCCAGAUGGGUGUCUGCAGAUCAUAGAUCGUAAAAAAGACCUGGUAAAGCUACAAGCAGGAGAGUAUGUAUCUCUGGGCAAGGUAGAGGCUGCACUGAAGAACUGUCCAUUGAUUGACAAUAUCUGUGCUUAUGCCAAAAGUGACCAGUCCUACGUGAUCAGUUUUGUGGUUCCUAACCAGAAGAAGCUGACAGCUUUAGCCGAGCAGAAAGGCAUCACGGGAACCUGGGUAGAUAUUUGUAACAAUCCUACAAUGGAAGCUGAAAUACUGCGAGAAAUUAAAGAAGUGGCAAACAAGAUGAAAUUAGAACGGUUUGAAAUCCCCAUCAAAGUACGGUUAAGCCCUGAACCAUGGACACCGGAGACUGGGUUAGUAACAGAUGCUUUCAAGUUGAAAAGGAAAGAACUGAAAAACCAUUACCUCAACGACAUCGAAAGAAUGUAUGGAGGCAAAUAAACUUGAGUUGUGUUGACUAGACAGUUGUGCAGAAGUUUUCGUGACUCAAUUUUGGAUGUCCUUAUAUACUGUAGUUAUCACGUGUUCAAGAUAAUACACAAAAUGGAUGAAUGUUUCUAUAAUCUCUAAUGACAACAACAAAGGAGAAAAAGAAAAACCUUAGACUCCAAAUUCCUAGUUACUAGCAGAAAACAUUGAUGCUCUUUAGUGUUCAAUGUGAUUAUCUCCAGUUUUGAGGUGGACAUUAAUUACAUGACAC